CUUGGGGGGCGGGGCCUUGUUGAGUGACGGCUCCGCUGAAGGGGGUUCAGCAUGGAAGUGCCUGGAGCCUGCAUUGCUAGAAUGAAGCACAUCAACUUGUCGUUUGCGGCGUGCGGGUUUCUGGGCAUUUACCACUUGGGGGCAGCAUCCGCACUUUGUAGACAUGGCAAAAAGCUCCUGAAGGAUGUCAAGGCCUUUGCAGGGGCUUCUGCGGGAUCCUUGGUGGCUUCUGUCCUGCUAACGGCACCAGAAAAACUAGAGGAGUGUAAUGAAUUUACCUACAAGUUUGCUGAAGAAAUCCGAAGGCAGUCUUUUGGGGCAGUUACACCUGGAUAUGAUUUCAUGGCCCGAUUGAGAAGUGGAGUGGAGUUGAUUCUUCCUCCCAACGCCCAUGAACUGGCCCACAACCGACUGCAUGUAUCUAUCACCAACACCAAAACCAGAGAAAAUUACCUGGUCUCCAGUUUUUCCUCCAGGGAGGACCUCAUUAAGGUAACCCAGGUUCUCUUGGCCAGCAGCUUCGUGCCCAUUUAUGCAGGGCUGAAACCAGUGGAAUACCAAGGGCAGAAGUGGGUAGAUGGGGGCCUCACAAACAGCCUUCCCAUCCUGCCUGUAGGCCGGACGGUGACCAUCUCACCCUUCAGUGGACGACUGGACAUCUCCCCACAGGAUAAAGGGCAGCUGGAUCUCUACAUUAAUAUCACCAAUCAGGACAUAAUGAUUUUUCAAUGGAAGAUGCCAUCUGGACAGCUGGGAGCCAAAAUGCUAACCAGUGGUCUCCUCCACUGCAGGAAUCAAUCAGAUACACACAUCUCACUCUUGAACUUACCUUGGGGUAAGAAGGGUAGGGUUUAAAGGUUUAAAAUUCCUUAAAUAAAAAAUAAUUUGUAACGGAGGAGGUUUUUGUGAGCUUGCAAAAGUCUAAAGCCUUCCUUUGUUUGAAAAAUACUGUACACGGAAUUGUCACAAAAAGAAAGCAUAGUUACAUUCUUUUAGGAAAGGAAAUCUUCAGAUGUUACUUACCCAUAAACCAGUU